UACGGCAGUGUACCGGAAGUGAUAACAAACGCACCCAGUUUGUUUCAUUGACAGUAAUGGCUACUACGGAAGUGGAGCACAGACGGGGCCAGCUUGCUGCUCUCUCCAUAGCAGCAGUGGUCAUCCUUAUUGGAGUCCCUCUGUGGUGGCGGACAACUGAAACGUACCGUGCCUGGUUGCCUUUCAGUCAGAUAAAAGAGCUGGAUAUUCUGCAGCUGCAGUUGAGUGCUGAUGUGGAGGUCGUGUUCGCACGUGGGACUGUGACACCAGAACAGCAGAAGAAAGUCCCACUGACAAUGACGCAGGACGAUGAAUAUAUAGUAGAUGAGAACACAUCUUUGAGGUACAGAUAUGAGACGAAGUACCGCACAGCUACAAUCAUGGAGGAGGAUGCUCUGAACCAGCCCACUGCAGCAGAGGCUGAUCUCUCUCUUCACACGCUCAGUGAGAGUCCGUGUGGCUCUUUAGUCGUGUAUGUGAUCCCAGAGACGUCUUCACUACUGCCUGAGGAUGUGGAAGUAUAUAUUGGUCAGCGACGCACAGCCCUACUGCGUAUCGGUGCCCAGAUGAGAGUUGGCAGGACACUGGAGACAUUGCUGGCUCACCUGGAGCCGCGGAUUAAGCAGGUGCUCCAGGUGAUGUCUUUUAGCCACACUGACAUCACCGCUGCCCUCAGCGACAGGGUUCGCCUCAGCCCGGGCAACAAAGGGAGCAUCGCAGACAGCAUGAGAGCCUUCAAAUCCAGUCCAGGUUAUGAGAUAACCUUCAGUCUGCUGAACCCAGACCCAAAGUCCCACCGGCUACACUGGGACAUAGAGGGCGCUGUGGAGACUUACAUCCAACCUUUGCUGACAAAACUUUCUCCUUUGGCCAACUUCAGCAUUGACUCUCAGACGUUGUACUACGCCAUGCUCGGCGUCAACCCUCGCUUUGACAACAACCGUGGCGGGUACAUACUCAACUCUGACAGCCUGGCACAUGUCAUCAACCCUGUGGAGGCCAGACUCGGCUCAAAUGCUGCAUCUUCAAAUCCGGUGUUGAAUUUUCUACUGUAUGUUCCGGAUGCUGCCCAUUCACCCCUUUACAUUUAUGACCGCCAGAAACUGGAAGUGACCUCUAAUGCAUUUCAUUCUCCACGAUGGGGUGGAAUUAUGGUGUACAAUGUCGAUGGUUUCUAUGGACCAGAGGCGUCAUUCCCUGUGGACGUCAGCAUCAACAUGGCCAAAGUCAUGGGAGUCUUCCUUGCACAGCUUCGACUGCUUCUGGGUGUACAGUCGUCCACCACGCCCCCCGGCUUCCUCAUGGCACCGUGCGGCACUACAGGACUCGCCGACUGGGAGCUGGACCGUCUCAUGUGGAGUCGCACUGUUGAAAAUAUUGCAACAGCGACCACCACCAUCACAUCACUGGCACAGCUGCUGGACCAGAUAGGCAACAUUGUCAUCAAUGACAACAUUGCUGAACAGGUGUCCAGUGCAGUCACAUCCCUGCAGCUGGCUGUGGCUGAGUUGGAGGCCGGGAACCUGGGCUUUGCUCUGCAGUACAGUAAAGAGGCCAUCUUGGCGUCAGAGAGAGCCUUCUUUGACCCCUCUCUCCUCCACCUCCUCUACUUCCCUGAUGAUCAGAAGUUUGCUAUUUACAUCCCACUCUUCCUGCCCAUGUGCGUGCCUAUCCUGCUGUCGCUGCUAAAAAUGGUGUCUGAGGCAAGAAAGAAGCGCAAAGAGAAGCAGACAAAGAAGGACUGAGGGGACAGUUGAUGUAGAGAUAUGUUGGCCUGAGCAAAACAAUGCAUCACGAACAAACUGUUUUAUCACUGGCCUUGACAUUAAGAAUGAAGAAAGACUCGUCUGCAGCAUCAGUGUGAGGUUUUUUUUAAAUGUGACAUGUAUGAUUUUUAUUGUUUCAUGUAAUAAAUUAUUUGUUUUAAGAAUGUAACAAUUGGCUGCUGCAGCCACACGACACAGCGUACUGGGAAGCUUGAAUUGUUUUAAAUGUGUACAAGUUUUGUAUUUGAAUUCCGCUUUCUAUUUUAAAUUAUUAUGGAUUAAAGGCUUAAGUUGUA